CAGCUCCUAUUUGUUCCUUCUGACGACUAUUGAUUCGAGCAUCCCCCUUACCCAGAGAGAGAGAGAGAAUGGGGGCAGGAAUGUCAUAGAGCAGCGGAGGAAGAGGUCAGGACCACUGAACCCCCAGAUUUCCAGGACCAAAAAAAAUGGCCGCCUUCAGCCGCAGAGAAUUCUACGAGCAGCUCCUCCAUGGCUGCGUCAUUCCCACCGCUCUGCAGGGGCUGGAGCAGAUCUGGGUGCUGCUCCUCAUGUGUCUGGCCUGCCGGGUGCUAUGGAGGUUCGGCCUCCCGUCCCCUGUGAAGCACCUCUUCACCAUCGCGGGCGGAUUCUUCUGCCUGCACCACUUCUUCCAGCUGCAGAUGGUUUGGGUGGUCCUCCUGAGCCUGCUGUGUUACCUGGUGCUCUUCUUGUGCCGACACUCGCAGCAUCGCGGGGUCCUGCUGUCCAUCACAAUCCUCAUAUAUCUCCUGAUGGGGGAGAUGCACAUGGUGGACACAGUCAGCUGGCACAAGAUGAGAGGUGCGCAGAUGAUCGUGGCCAUGAAAGCCGUGUCUUUGGGCUUCGAUGUUGACCGCGGCAUCGUGCGCUCCAUUCCGUCUCCGGUGGAAUUCAUGGGAUACGUCUAUUUCGUCGGCACCGUCAUCUUUGGCCCUUGGAUCAGUUUCACCAGUUACCUGGAAGCUGUCAAAGGACGGAAACUGACUUUCAGCUGGUUCCGCCGCGUAUGCCGCAGUUUGAUCCUCUGCGUCUUCUGCCUCCUGGUAUCCACCUGCAUCGCCCCGUACCUCUUCCCAUACUUCAUCCCUAUCUAUGGAGACCGGCUGCUGAGAAAUAAGAAACGUAAAGCCAGGGGUCUUGUUGUGCGGUGGCUGCGGGCCUACGAGAACACGUCCUCCUUCCAUUUCAGUAACUAUUUUGUGGGGUUCCUGUCUGAGGUGACCACUGUCCUGUCCGGUGCGGGGUUCACAGAGGAGAAGGAUCACGUUCACUGGGAUCUCUCCGUUUCUCGCCCACUGAAUGUGGAAAUUCCUCGCUCCAUGGUGGAUGUGGUCACGAGCUGGAACCUGCCCAUGUCCCGAUGGCUCCAUACAUAUGUUUUCAAAAAUGCCCAGAAGCUCGGAACUUUUCACGCCAUCAUUGUAACCUACGCCGCCAGUGCUUUACUUCAUGGUCUCAGUUUCCACCUGGCGGCCGUACUUCUGUCUCUGGGUUUCAUCACUUAUGUAGAACACGUCCUCCGGAAGAAGCUGGCUGAAAUCUUCAGUGCCUGCAUAUUGUCUAAGAAGUGUUCUGUGUCCUGUGCACACCGCAACAAAAGGGGCGUCAUUGUGUAUCUACUAAACACUUUAUUCGGGAUCAUGGCUGUAUUUCAGCUGACGUACCUAGGCUCUUUAUUUGACACAGAUUCUGAGGAUUCCAUGGAGGAAGAGGGCUAUGGGAUGGCACACACCAUCAACAAGUGGUCCCAGCUGAGCUGGGCCGGCCAUUGGCUCACAUUCGGCUGCUGGGUAUUCUAUCGCCUGAUUGGGUGAAGGGAGGACAUCUCCGAGGCUCACAUACUGCCAUCUGCCCCCACCUAUCACGGUGCUGCCAAAAUCUGCCAUUCAGUGUUUCUGAGCAGAAGAGAGAGAGAGAGCUGGAGCAUUGACAGCUGGUACAUAAGGGACUAAGGGUGGACAAGGGCAUCCUGCCAGCUGGUGGGGAAAGACGCCACCUAUAGGAGAACAUUGAGCUGGUUCUAUGUACCAUGCGGACUGUCUGUCGCUACAUCAUCAUAUACACCAUUGUUUCCCAACCAGGGAGGGCGCCUCCAGC